AUGGGUGGGGCUGACGAGUUCAAUUUUGAAGAUAUUGAAUCUGAAGUGACUGUAGGAUCUUCAAGUGGAGAACCCAUGGCAGCCUUGGAGCUCAGGUCCGUCGACCUGCAGAACGCCAGGAACAACCAGGAGCCUCACACGCAGGAGGUGGGCCUGCAGUGGCUCAUCAUGCGCCACGGUGAGUCCUUCACAAUCCAGCUGCAUUUCAACCGACGCUUCCACUCUGGGACCGACUACAUCAUCUUUGUGGCUGAGACAGAGGAUGACGUCUACCUGCCAAGUGAAAUACUGCUGCAGGAGUAUAUCAUGAUGGACUAUGGCUUUGUUUACAAUGGUCAUGAAAGAGUCAUCACCCCCUGGCCCUGGAACUAUGGGCAGUUUGAAGAGGACAUGAUAGAUAUCUGCUUUCAGAUUCUGAACAAGAGCCUGUACUUCUUAGAGAACCCAACCAAAGACUACUCCCAGUGGAACAAUGUGGUGUAUGUCUGCAGGGUGGCGAGCGCCAUGGUAAAACCCAAUGAUGACAGCGGUGUGCUGCAGGGGAGCUGGAGAGAGGACUACUCCCAGGGGGUCAGCCCACUGGAGUGGACGGGCAGCGUGGCCAUCCUGUGACAGUGGGCAGCCAGGGGCGGGCAGCCUGUGAAGUAUGGGCAGUGCUGGGUAUUUGCAGCUGUUAUGGGUACUGUGAUGAGGUGCCUGCGGAUCCCCACCCAAGUAAUCACCAACUUUGACUCUGGCCACGACACAGACGGAAACCUGAUCGUAGAUGAGUAUUAUGACAACACAGGCAGGACUUUGGAGAGUAAGAAGAAGGACAGUGUCUGGAAUUUCCACGUCUGGAAUGAGUGCUGGAUGGCCCGGAAUGACCUCCCUCCCAGAUACGGAGGCUGGCAGGUGCUGGACGCCACACCUCAGGAGAUGAGCAACAGCCUCUACUGCUACGGCCCUGCCUCCAUCAGAGCCAUCAAAGAAGGAGAGGUGGAUCUGAAAUAGGACACAGCCUUCGCCUUCUCCAUGGUAAAUGCUGACUGCAUGGCCUGGCUGGUCUUUGGAGGGAAGGAGCAGAAACUUCACCUGGACACCAAUUCUGUUGGCAAUUUUAUCAGCACCAAGAGGAUCCAGAGUGAUGAGCGGGAUGACGUCACGGAAAACUGCAAGUACGGAGAAGGUUCCCUCCAGGAGAGGCAGGUGAUUCUGAAGGCUCUUCAGAAGCUGAAGCCUGGAAGGUCCCAAGGCUCCCUCCAACAAACUUCCAGGUCCAUGCUGCCAAGGGACAGUCCUAGGAGCCUUGCUACGCCUUCCCUUCGGCCCAGUGAUGUUGUCCAGGUCUCCCUGAAAUUCCAGCUGCUCGACCCACCCGACAUGGGCCGGGACAUAAGGUUUGUCCUGCUGGCCCUCAACACGGCGCCCCAGUUCAAGGACCUCAAAGUGAACCUGAGUGCCCAGUCUCUGCUGCAUGAUGGCAGCCCCCUGCCCCCAUUCUGGCAGGACACAGCCUUCAUCACACUCUCUCCUGAAGAAGCAAAGACCUAUCCCUGCAAAAUCCCCUAUUCCCAGUAUGGCCAGUACCUGUCCACAGACAAGCUGAUCUGCAUCAGUGCCCUGGGUGAAGAGAAGAGCAGUCCCGAGAAGACCGUGGUGAACAAGAUCAUCACCUUAGCCUGUCCCGGCAUCAUGAUUAAUGCUUUAGGAGCAGCCACUGUGAACCGGCCACUCUUCAUACAGGUGAUAUUUUCAAACCCUCUCUCGGAGCAGGUUGAAGAUUGUGUACUGACUGUGGAAGGAAGUGGUCUCUUUAGGAGACGGCAGAGAGUGCUCAUUGGAGUCCUCAAACCCCAUCACAGAGCCAGCCUCACUCUGGAGACUGUCCCCUUCAAGAGUGGCCAAAGGCAGAUCCAAGCAAAUCUGAGCAGCAACAAGUUUAAAGACAUCAAGGGUUACAGGAACGUCUAUGUAGACUUUGGGUUAUAA